AUGAAGACGCCGGGCAUGCGCGAGCUGCGCGAUGGCGCCGCGGCUGGGACCUCGCAGAAGCUGCUGGUCAUGACGUACAACGUGCUGGCCCAGUGCUAUGUGCGUUCUAGCUUCUUCCCGUAUUGCAAGCCCAGCGAGCUGCGGUGGAAGAACAGGUCCAAGAACUUGGAAGCAGUCUUCGCCUCGAGCCUCCCAGUCUCGCCCGACGUCAUCUGUCUGCAGGAAGUUGACAAUUACAGCGAGUUUUGGGCUGAUUCGAUGAAGAAGCUCGGAUACGACGGCCUCUUCAUCAAGAAAACGAGCACCAAGCCGGACGGCGUAGCUGUGUUUUGGAAUGCGAAGAAGUUGAAGGUGAAGGAAUCCACGCACGUUAACCUGGACUUGCCUAACGGAGACGAAUCAGGUGAGGCUUCCCAGAGAGGCAGCGUCGGUGCAAUCGUCCACUUCGAGCACGUCGAUACACCGUUGGAUUUCGUAGUCGCGACAACGCACUUGUUUUGGGAUCCGAUGCAAGAAGACGUGAAGCUGCUGCAAUCGCGCCGAAUGCUGCGCACGAUCGAGGUGUUUACACGCACGCUGGAUGCCUCCAUUCCGACCAUCUUUUCGGGCGACUUCAACUCGCUGCCAGACAGUAAGGUCUACAGCUUCAUCACUGAGGGCAACCACUUCAACAGCGCUUACGCACAGUACGGUCCAGACGGUGAACCCCCCUUCACGAACGUCAAUGGUGACGCUAAAACGGAUGACGGUAAGCUGGUGCCGCGCUUCGUCGGCACACUGGACUACAUCUUCUACCGUUCCCCCAGGAUCCGGCCGGCGGCGCUCAUGGAGAUCAUGUCGUUCGAAGACGCCAGCAAGGAGGUCGCUCUGCCCAGCACCAUCUCUCCGUCGGACCACCUCCCUCUGCUCUGCGAGUUCCACAUCCAGCAGCAGUAG